CUUAUAUUGAUUUAAGUUCAUCAAUAUCGUUCGAUGAAAAACAGAAUGGUCUUAUUUAUGCUGCCGACAUUAACAGUUUUGGAAUUAUUAUGAUAGAAAUAUUAACUGGUCGAAGACCCCUCAAUGGUUAUAAUUUUGAUGCUGAAUUA